GUUUUGAAAACAAGAGGCUCGCCGGCACUCGGCUUCGCGCUUGUCCUGUAAACGUAGAAGGAGUUUUGAGUCGUGCGACUAAUUAGUCUAAAGAGGGGGAGAGAGAGAGAGAUACAAAGAGAGAGAGAGAGAGAGAGGGAAGACAGUGGUUACGUAUCUCUUUCUUCGUAUAGAAAGAGAAAGAGAGACAGAGAAAAGACGGACGCGUUGUGAGCCGGUAUUCGCAUCUACUCGCGUGUUCUCUUUCCAUUUGCAUAUUGUUUCUUUCUUAUCCAACUUCCUCUUCCCUCUCUCCCUCUUCUCCGUUCGAUUUCCUUCGUAUAAUUCCUAACCUCCCAUAGUAUAAUAAAAAACGACAAAAACGUGACUACGAAGAUACGAAAAGAAAAAGAGAUAGAGAAAGGAAGAAAAAGAAAGAAAGAGAAAUAAAUAAAGAAAGAAAGAAAGAUGGACCCUCUUCGCGAGCAAGUGAUGAUCAAUCAAUUUGUACUGGCUGCCGGUUGUGCCAGAGAACAAGCAAGACAAUUCUUGCAAGCUACUCAUUGGCAAUUCGAGAUGGCACUUAGUCUCUUCUUCCAAGAAGUGGCGAUACCUUCUUGUACUCAGCCUGGUACUCCUUUCGGUCAAAUCACACCGUGCAAUACACCAGCAACGCCACCGAAUUUUCCGGAAGCGUUAGCUGCAUUUUCGAAAAUGUCGGCUGGUGAAAAAACUCCCACAGGCAUGUCUCCGAGCCAAAACGGGUUGCAACAAAGUUCAACGGCGACAGUGGCGCAGCAUCACGGGGUCCGGUGUAGCAUCUCCGGCAAUGCACAACAGCAAGUUGUACCGAGCCAACAACAAUUUGGCUUGGGUGAAUUACAAAGAUAAGGAGAAGAGAAGAUGCGAGCCGAUAGGAAGAUGCGUCUUAUCACGCGUUUGUACGAAGAUGUGGAGAGGAAAGAGGAAGAAAAAGAUAAUAAUAACGAUGAUGAUGAUAAUGAUGAUGAUGAUGAUGAUAAUGAUAAUGAUGAUGAUGAUGAUGAUGAUGAUGA